UAUCCAAAGGAUGAAGGUCCCUGCAUGCUGUCUCCAUAAAUCUCUAUUUUUAUGCCCUUUGGUUCCAGUCCACUUCUCCCCAGCAGUGAUAUAUUACAUCCCUAAAUCUUUUUUGCUUACUUACAGCCUCUGUUUACUUCAACUACAACAUAAAUUUACAUUUUACUGAUAUUUGACACUUUCUCUUUUGUUUAGUCCAUGUAUUCUGAAGAUAUUCCAGAGGCUAUUAAAAUUCAGCUUGUAGGAGUGCUUGAGGAGAAGGCAUCUAUUCUCUUGACUAACCCAACAAGCAUCGAACAAACAAUUGGCUCUCUAAAGAACAUCUACCGACAAACUGACGGCAAGAGUUGGAUUUUUCAUAGCCAGUUGCUAGUUGCAAUGACUGCUAUAUUGCUAGGAUUAAAUCAGUUGGCAGAGCAACAACAAUUGGUUGUGGACCAUAUUAACCUACUUCUAGAGCUGAUAUCAAAGGUGAAUAAUGGAUCAGAUCGUCUUCUCAGAGGUACUGCUUGUGAAUGUCUGCGAGAAAUUGAGACCAUGCACCCGGGUAUUCUAAUGCGGAAAAUUGAACAUCUUUAUUCUAUGAUUCAACUUGAGAGGACACAUGUCUGCCAAAUUUAUAUGGCUCUGUUUGUCACCGUGUUUAAGAAUGCUGUAGUAUGUGUUACCACAUCACGUAUAAGGGACAAUGAUGCCAUAUCUGAUUUGUUAUGCCACCGAAAAGAACUUUUAAAACCUCUCAAUAUACCUGAUGAUUUUACCAGUAAUAUGUUUCAACUUGAACCCAAGAGUGACUUUGAAACAGCACUUUUGCCUCCGAGUGUGAACACCAGUGAACUGAAGAGGGCGUCAGCAUUCUUGAUGGAAAGUCUGUGUCUCAUGACGACACCGAUGCAGUGUUACGUUUUGAGUCACAUAAUGCAGUAUAUAGCCACUGUUCCUAGUCUAUCGUCAUCAACAUUCAAGUCUCACUUAUUAGAAUUAUCUUGUACAUUAGAUUUGUCUUUGUUUCAUGUAGCUUUACAACUCAAGGCUGUCUUUAGAGGAGAUUUAAUCAAUGAUGCAGAUGAAGAAAUGCUGCUAAGGCGGUUGUUGCUAUGUACUAACCACCCAUCAUUAACAACUGCACAUCGACUUCUGUGUUCUGACUGGCUGAGAUAUUUUCCAGAAAAUGGUAACACUAGAAAAGUUGGCACUUUGCCAAAGAACCUAAUGGCAAACAGAAAUCUGAGGGCUCUCCUUCCAAAAGUGUUCGAUGGCUUAGACACUACACUGAUCAAACUGAGUAUGCUGAAUGAAUGCUUUACUCCAAGCAGUACAAAAGAUACUUCAAAUGGUAUACUGAUGGGAUGUCUACAACCGCUGCAGAAGUCCAUCCAUUAUGGGAUUACUGGUCGUACAGCUGUCACUUUAUUUCGAUCUCUAUUCCAGUAUUUCAGAAAACACCACGAUAGUUAUCUAAAAAACGAAAUCUUUAGAGGUGCAACUGGUGUUUUGCACAUAAUGCAUGAACUUGGACUCGCAUACAACCAAAAUAGUUUGGAACUAACUGAAAAAAGGGACAAUAAGCAUUUGAGGACUGCUGCGAAAGCUGUCUUUAGAGGAGAUUUAAUCAAUGAUGCAGAUGAAGAAAUGCUGCUAAGGCGGUUAUUGCUAUGUACUAACCACCCAUCAUUAACAACUGCACAUCGACUUCUGUGUUCUGACUGGCUGAGAUAUUUUCCAGAAAAUAGUAACACUAGAAAAUUUGGCACUUUGCCAAAGAACCUAAUGGCAAACAGAAAUCUGAGGGCUCUCCUUCCGAAAGUGUUCGAUGGCUUAGACACUACACUGAUCAAACUGAGUAUGCUGAAUGAAUGCUUUACUCCAAGCAGUACAAAAGAUACUUCAAAUGGUAUACUGAUGGGAUGUCUACAACCGCUGCAGAAGUCCAUCCAUUAUGGGAUUACUGGUCGUACAGCUGUCACUUUAUUUCGAUCUCUAUUCCAGUAUUUCAGAAAACACCACGAUAGUUAUCUAAAAAAUGAAAUCUUUAGUUUAUUAUUAAGUACUGUCUUAAAGCAUCCUGUUUUUGCCCCGCAUACCAUCAAUUUCCUUCAUUGUGUACAAGAGGUGGUUCCUCAGAGUACAUUUCCAGUGGACCUUUUGAGGGCAACUGCAGAGGAUAUUCUGCAACUCAAUCCACAUGUAAUAUUGAAGAAUCUCAACAACUAUUUGAAGUUACUAGAAAGAAUAUCAGCAGAGAAAAACAUUAAUCCAAAGCCAACCUUAGGUUUCGUACAUCAGCUGUUGCUAAGUUCAGAUAUAUGUGCUGAGGGAAAUUGGUUGUUUGGCAACAGUAUUCUAGCAGUUUGUAAUAGUUGUAUGCAUCAUCAUAACACCACAGAUAUUUUUACAGGUACACCAACCUUAGGUUUCGUACAUCAGCUGUUGCUAAGUUCAGAUAUAUGUGCUGAGGGAAAUUGGUUGUUUGGCAACAGUAUUCUAGCAGUUUGUAAUAGUUGUAUGCAUCAUCAUAACACCACAGAUAUUUUUACAGAUGUUGGCAAUGUGCUUUAUGUUAUGCUUACUGAGUUCAACGACAUCGAUGUACGGGAUAGAGCUCGAUUUUACUAUGCUAUACUCACGAAUUUAUCCACAGAAAAGGUAUCAAGGGUUCUGUCCCAGGCCAAUGAAUCUAGUCGUAGUCUGUCCAAGUUAGCUGACAGUAUUAAUAUUCCAUCAUCCUCACCUGUCCAAAAAUUCAAAAAGCAAGUGUUGCAGUUAACAAGGGUUUCUAAGGAGCCACCAACAUUGCUGACACUACCAAACCCAGCAGAUUUCACUCUUGCAGACUAUCUUGACAAGAUUCGUGAUCCUGAAAUACUAGCAUCAGUCACUGUUAAUUACAAGCUGCACAUGGAUGAUGAUUCAGAACUUGAGGAAGAUAUCAAAGACAUUUAUGCAAUUGUUUUACAUUUGGAAACUACUAGCAACUACCAGAAAAUGACAGAUUACCAGGUGCCUCAUUUAGGCAGAAGGGAUGGUAGAGGUGUGAUAGUUCAACUAAGUUUUGUUCCUCAUUAUCCAAUUCCAACAUCGUUUAGUGUCAGUGCUUUGUUUAGCUUAUCAUUGAGUCGAACUGGUACAUGUAAACUAGCAGAUUUACAUGUAAAAUUUGAAGACCUGUUCCUACCCUUGCCUGUCUCACCUGAACUCAGGGUGUUAUUAUUUAAAAAGCUUUGGCAAGAUAUACGUGACGUGGAACAAAAAAGUUCAACUUCUCUUUGCACUGAGUCUGUGUGUGUCUUGCAAAUUACUAUGGAGAGGAUGAAUGUAACAGUAGCCAAUGAUUUUGCAGACUUUACUGUCACCCAUUAUGCAACAGGAGAACAAGAGAAGAAAUGGUUUGUUGGUAUUUUCCUUCCUCCACAAAGUCAUCUUUUAUUAAGGAUUGCUAGUAAUGCUUGUAACUCAGUAGUUUCCAUAGCAACGGAUAAUUGGAAAAUUCUUGCCCUUGUUAACAAGUAUCUGCAUGAGCUAGAGAAUCAGUAAUUGGUCAAGGGAAAAACCCAUUUUUUUCUCUGUAAAUACAGAAUAUCAGGAAAUUAAUGUUAACAUGUAUUAUUUUUAUUAUUAUGUUAUCAUUUAUUUACCCAGGGUAAACUAAAAAAAGUAGCGAAAGUGUAAAUUUAAACUUCUUUUCAUUGGGCUCAGGCAUAUUGUUAUAAUAUGCUUAGAACACAUCAAAGUAUUACUAUACCAUUAUGCAAAUACAAAUAAAUGUGGAAAGAGGAAAACUACAGUAUUAAAGUAUAGAGAAAAUUUAUAAGAUGUUAUUUUAGAUGAAUUUUGUGCCUCAUUCAUGUCACAUGGAUGGGUUGUAAAAUGUGGACAGAUGAUCAAAGAUUAUACUGCUACCUGUAACAGACGCCACUUAUUUUACAAUCGUUGACUUUAUGGAAUGAUUUAGAUUCUACACAAGAUUUAAUUUUAAGCUGAUAUUUAACUAAGUAUUGGAAAGUCACCUUUACUAGUGAUUAUACAGUAUUCAUGCGGUUGGCGCAUCGGGUGUGGCUUGGACUCCCAACCUUGAGGUCGGGGUCUCAAAACUCUAGCUGUGCAAAUGGCUUGUGUACUUAGGCAAGGCACUUUAUCUACAGUUGCCCCUCUCUACCCAGGACUACACGUGGGUACCUGGUAGGUUUGAACACAACAGCGCUGAUUACAAGCUGCAAUAUUAUGUAAUUAUAUUAUGAAUCCGCCACUGUUGACUUCUUAAAGGUCGUCUCUUUUGCUGAUGAUACCACUCUAUGUUACUCAAACCAAACCAAAUUACUGAUUCCCUCCCAACACAUAAAUCAUUGGUGCACUUACAAGGUGUGUCAGUCUGCCAUUUGAUCUUGAUUUUCUUCAACAGGAAUCUUGAAAUUUUAAAAUUUGGUGUGUUCUCUUUUUUUUUAUUAUUUGUAAAGAAAAAAUUCUGAUUUACUCAUCAUGAUUUUUCAGUUUAAACCUGAUUAGAUUUUAACAUGUUUUUUUAAAUUUUUUUAUAUAGAUUUUUAUAAAAAAUUAUUUGUGCUUUGAGAAAGCCAUUAGUAGAUUAAUUUUUAUGCAAGCGAUUGUCAAGCAUUAUGAUACACUUUGUGUAAUAUUGUACAUUACCAGUACUUAGCAGUAUGAUUUGUUGUCUCUCUUUUUAUAAACAUGAUGUGAAGCUAUGUAUUGUUUUAUAUUGAUAUAUAUAUAUAUAUGUACUAUAUUUUAUAUUAUUAAAUCCCUCCUGAAUUAGUAAACUAUUCUA